AUGGCCGCUCUCGCCAGCUCCCUCAUUCGCCAGCGCAGGGAGGUCAAGGACCCCCAGGUAAACCGGCCGAUCCCCAGCAAGCGCAAGCCGUGCCCCAAGAGCAACAAGUCGCUGUGCCAGAAGCAGAUCCUCAUCUUGAUAUCCAAAGUUCGACUAUGUGGCAGUCGAGGGAGAAAACUCGAAAAAAGACCAGAGCCCCAGCUGAAGGGCAUCGUCACGCGGCUUUACUGCAGACACGGUUUCUACCUCCAGAUGCUGCCGGAUGGCACCAUGGAAGGCACAAAGGACGAAAGCAGCUCCUUCUUGCAGUUCAACUUGAUUCCUGUGGGGCUCAGGAUCGUGGCCAUCCAGAGCACGAAGACCGGGCUCUACGUCGCCAUGAACAGCGAGGGCUACCUCUACACUUCGCAACACUUCACGCCGGAGUGUAAGUUCAAGGAGUGUGUGUUUGAGAACUACUACGUCACCUACUCGUCCAUCCUGUACAGACAGACCCAGUCGGGUCGGGCGUGGUACAUCGGCAUCAACCGAGACGGACAGGUCAUGAAAGGGAACCGCGUGAAGAAGACGAAGGGCGCCGCGCACUUCCUGCCCAAACUCAUUGAAGUGGCCAUGUACCGGGAGCCCUCUCUACACGGCGUCGCGGCGCAGAGUCCGCCCAGGAAAACGCCCAAGACCUCCGGUGACUCGCCGGCACUCAAGAACGGCAAGAAGGACCCUAAAUCCAAAUCCAAAUCCAAAACCUCCUCCUCCUAGCGCUCAGAGACACGAGUCCUCCUCCGCCUUCGUCGUAGAUUGUGAUCAUCAAAGUCUGGGAUAUAAAAGCAAUAACUCCACGAAGAGCCUUGCAUUGUAUAGCAUGUCACCGCAGCGUGUUCAACCCGGCCGGAAGGACAUCCCACGAGCACCCUCCCGCCAUCAUGAGCGGCCUCCUUCCAGGCCACCGACAAGUCGAGAGCAACGUCUUCCUGGUUCCACCACAACGGGUGCAGCGGUCAAAUCGGUCCCUGUGCAGCGCAACACUUCACGUGCUUUUGCUUUUCAAUUCCCUGCAGGGUUCCAUGCUAAUGUUAGCCUGACACAGAGGUCGUUGCAGAUGUUUCUUUCUGCAGCCAUCUGCUUGGUCCACGUCUUCUGUGCGUGUCAGCGACUUGUGUUCACACUCGGCUGUGAGUCCUUUGUGGCGCCUGAAAUCAGCUCCUCUGUUCCAGCCGACGGCCUUCAGGCUUCACUUCAAACAGGUCCGUGUGAAUUACCAGAUGUAAAGAUUGCCAUUGAUCUCGACGGCCGUCUAUCUAAGCGCGUAUUUGAUUAGCGAACACCCCCCCCCCCUCCCCCCCCACCUGCCCUUUCUCCCAAGUCAGGGCCCUCCAUGCUUAGCGCAUUGCAACUGCAGUCGAGGGUCAUCCGGGGUGGUGAAGGAAUCGGAGAGAGAGAGAGAGAUAGAGUGAGACAGAGAGAGAGAGAGAAAUAGAGUGAGACAGAGAGAGAGAGAGAGAUAGAGGCAUGUGUCACACAUUGUAGUGUAGAUAACUCGUGCCCUCACCGCUUUCUUUUGAAGUUCCACUUCCUCUCCCUGAUCCCUUUUUCAAACACAACUUCCCUUUAACCUGGAGGCAGUAUGUGCGUGCAUAUGUGUGUGUGUGUGUGUGUGUUCCAGACUCACUCAUCAGCUCUGGUCUUUGUGUAAUUGUUUUGUAACCGUGAUUGAAUAUCCCUGUAUGUCCAAUAUGUGCGAUGGAAUACAUUAUAGGUGGAGAGAAAGGGAGGGAGGAAAAUAAAUAGAGGAUGAAUCAGAGGCCGAAUCGAUGAGUACGAGUCCUUGGGCAGAAAGCGAUGAAGUCCAUUAACAAGGUGCAGCCACAUUAUCUAAGAUAGGUGUGAAAAAAAAGCAUUAAUAUUGAUAUGAAAACCAACUGUGUGUUUUAAUAGAGCUUUUGUUUUGAUAACACAUUUUCCAUUUUUUCGGGAGCAAGGUUGCUGUUAAAGUCGGUGUGUGUGUGUGUGUGUGUGCGUGUGAGUGUGAGAGUGUGUUCGUGCGUGCGUUAACUUUGAGCUGGAGUCCCUUCACCACAUCUGCAAUGCAGCAGAAAACGCAAAAAAAAAGAGAAGGAGGAAGAGAAGAGCCUCACGAGAUAAAAGAGUGACUCCGUCCUCCUUUCUUUUUUUUGUAGCUGCAAAAUAUUAAAAUGUGCUUUUAUACUGGAAACCAGAGCACCUGAGGUCACAUCCUGUCUGGUGUUAAUUACAACCACUAACCUCAUACGUAAGAAUCUGUGUUUUAUAAAAGCACACCCACGAUAUCCCCGACACAUCUGCAUUGCACACACACACACACACGCACACACACACACACACCACACCCUGCACCAAGCCAGCGCAAAUGUGGGUAAAUGGCGUGACCUUUCCAAACAGAUCAUGGGGGGACUUCACCUCUCACAAGCGAAUGCACCCAUGAUGUUUUCAGUGUGAACUAUGCUAAGAGUUAUUUAUUCAUCCCUUCUUUAUUUUUUUAAGUGCAUUUUUUGUUUACAAAAAAAAAAAGGAAAAAAAGAUGAUGGAUUUAUAUAGUGGCUAUUUGACUUGAAAUGAAAUGACACAAGGAAAUCUGACUAUUAGUAUGAAUCACUGUCGGUCCGUCCAUGUGUGUGUGUGUGUUGAUUUGAUGUGUUUAUUUCAAUGUGUCAAUGCUGUGUCUAUUCUCCUGCCAUAUAACGUGGGAUGUUGAACAAUAGAGCUACAAAGAGAGGAACACCUAAAGUACGCCAAGACUGUUAUUAAACCUGCUGAUCCCCCACAAUGCCACAGCCCUCACCUGUCAAUCAAAGGCCGACGGACUGACCACUGGCCUCUGAUCUCUUAACUGGAUUUUAAUUGGCUCUCCGGCAGCAUGUGGACUGCUCAUCAACCGUCUGUCUCUCCCUCCAACACACAAACACGGCGUCUACCCGCGUGUCCGUCAUCCUGUGAUCGAUCCUCGAGGAAUCCUUCAACUUUUUUUCACGUGUUUUUUGGCGGGUUUUAUUUAGUUUUUUGCUCUUCUUCGUACUGCAUGGACGAUCCAAGUUAUCGCGACGAAGUCUUCCAGAAAAGAUGUUGAGGAAAUCACCAUAAUCUUACUUUCCCCACUUGUCUUCCAAAUGCAAAAAGAGUGCUUCAGUCUUCCAGCUAAUAAAGCCACAAUGACACUAUUUUUGUAUACAAAGGAGGCAACAAAAUAUAUCUAUAUAUAAAUAUAUAUAAAUAUAUCCAUGCAAACGUGGCUGGGGUGCAGUAACUCCCCCCUGGGAGGUGGAAUAACGGCUGCUGUACGCCAUCCGAACCCACGGAUCACUUGGAGGAACAAGCCCUGCACAGGACUGCAGAGAGCCGGGGGACUUGAGGUGGAGGAUCACAGAGAGGCGGGACUACAAGCAUGCAUGCGCCAAUCAUUUACUGGACACCCUUAAAGAAACAGUCUUUCCCUCAAUAUUUACUCUUUAAACCCCUUAAGCCCCCAUCCUCGACACUAUUAUCCCAAACUCUUGUCUCUGCAUUUGCAAUAUGAUCUAUAUUUAUUUCUAUAAUAACUUACACAAAGUCGAGAGAGACGCAUUAUUGGAUAAAAUUCAAUAAAACAAACAAAUAUAUUUGUAUGAUUAUAACGCUUGUCUGCUGAGAGUUUUUUUUGCCGUGUGCUCCGUCAUGGUUUGUGCUCCGCCCCUUUGGUUGCAGUCAACCCUCCAGGUCAGUUGCCCCUCCCCUCCUCAGAGAAACUCAACACAACUGCGAUUCUCUAUGAUUUGAGCAUAAAUGUAUUAUUAUGGAAUCAUUAUAU